AACCAAAGUUUGGCUCUCCGGAAACUGUUUUUAUUGGAAUACACUUCUCUGUUUUUUUUUGUUUUUUGGUAUCUUUAUUUUCACACCCGUUUGCUUUUCUUUGGAAUGAAUGCCGAAUCGAGGUAGGUUUAGAUUGGCCGGUCGUUCUCGGAAUCGCGUUGGGAAAUUUCUGAUCUCAGAAUCAGAAAUGGCUUCACGAAGCUCCAACGUCGAUUCUGACUCGAAAUCAAGUGGGAUAUCGUUUUCUUUUAAAUUGUCCACCGAGAAUACGGCUUCAUCGCCUGAUUCUCCCUCCUCGUCCAAUAGUACGGAUUCUACGCCACAAAUUUCUCCAUCGACCUCGCCUCCGUCGGGUUCUCCGCCUCCUCCGACGAGUUCUCCACCGCCUUCAUCAAGCCCGCCUCCAUCACGACCGCCACCCUCUUCUUCGCCCCCUCCAUCGUCACCGCCUCCAUCACCACCACAAUCUUCGCCACCUCCACCAUCGUCUCCUCCUCCUAAACGGUCACCGCCGCCAUCAUCUCGGUCACCACCGCCAUCGUCUCCUCCUCCUCCUCAACGGUCUCCACCACCGUCGUCUCCUCCCCCAAAGUCACCGUCACCGUCACCGUCACCUCCACCACCAUCACAAUCCCCACCUCCACCUGAUCAAUCUUCUCCGCCUCCAUCCGCACAUCCAACUCCACCUUCAUCUCCGCCUUUAUCGCAGAACUCGUCUGCACCACUGACACCGGGACCCCCAAAUAAUUCAUCAGCUACCGGCAACGCAUCACCACCUCCUUCAAGUACUGUUUCCCCUUCAGUUGCCACUGGCUCACCAAACACACCUAGCUCUGCUCCGCCGCCAAGGACGUGGAGCCCUCCUCCGCUGCGGCACUCACCUUCCACCACAAGCUCAAGCGGUUCUUCGAGCGGAUCCAUGUCUCUCUCGUCGUCAACAAGUAGCAGCAGCAGUGGUAAUUCAGACAAUUACAUUGGUUAUGCUGUGGCCGGAGUUCUCGGUUUUAUCCUGCUCGCGGUGUUGAUUGUUUUCGUGGUAAAGAGGAAGAAAAAACAAAAAGUGGCCCAUGCUACACAUUAUGACGCUGCCAAACUUAUAUAA